AAGAAGCCUAGGUCUUCGUGUCUCUCUCUCUCUCUCUAACCUAAAACCCAACCUGCGAUUUCAUAGAGAUUGUUAUUACGAUUUAAGAAGCAAAGAAGAAGACAAGCAAGGAUAGUUUCAUUGACACAAUUUUCAAGUUUAUAAUCUCUUCUGACCAAAAAAUCAAGUGGUUCCCGAAGAGGUUGUAGUGACACAGUUUCAGAGAUUGGGUCUCUAUCUAGGAUUCAGUCCAGAUCCGUGUCACCAUCCGAAGAUCUGUGUCGCCAUCCAAAGAAUCCAAACUUGUGGCAAGAUGUCAAAGUUUUCAAGAAAGACCUCAAGCUCAACCAAUCCCUCUUCUAGUUCUUCACCCUUCGUGUAUGACUCGUACCGAGUCUGGACUCAGUGUAUCCGGAAAACAAAAACAAGAAAAGGGCUCCAAAACGCCUCCCUUUCUUCCACUCCCCCAUAUGCGAACCAGACCAGAUGCAGGAGAUUUUGAUGGAGCAAAUUCUAUUUUUAGUGAAUGUUAUAGUGGUAGUGAUGAUCCGCCUGAUUCAAGCCAGCUUAGCCCCUUGGCAUCUGAUUAUGAUAUCGGGAGCCGAACAACCGCAGGCAGCCCUUCCAAUGUGAUUGUUAAGGAUCAGUUACCUGUGACUAAAAGGGAGGUACCAAAACCACAUGAUCAUCUUUUUGAUAAUCACAUCUCCUCUUCACCACCUAGAAGAAAGCCUUUAAGAAGUCAUGUCCCAAAUCUUCAGGUCCCCUCUCAUGGUGCGUUCUUCAGUGCUCCGGAUUCUUCCAUAUCAAAUCCUUCUAGAAGCCCCUUACGUGCAUUUGGAACAGAGCAAGUUAUAAAUUCAGCUUUCUACACCUCAAAACCUAAUCCGGAUUUCCCUUUUCUUGGAUCUGGAUCGGGUCACUGUUCUAGCCCUGGUUCAGGUCAAAACUCAGGUCAUAAUUCAAUGGGAGGUGACAUGGCAGGGUUGUUUUGGCAACCAAGUAGAGGUAGCCCAGAGUGUUCUCCACUUCCAAGUCCUAAAAUGACAAGUCCAGGUCCUAGCUUUAGAAUCCAUAGUGGGGCAGUGACACCACUUCAUCCAAGGGCAGGGGGAGGGGCAAAUCAGACUAAAAUAAUAAAUAUAACAACAUUAUCACCUUCUUGACAUGGGGUCACCUCAUUCGUCAAUUCAAAGAAGCAUGUAUCUAACUCCAUUAAUUCACUCCUGACCAUCUAAAAUCCUUUCCCAGUUGAAAUGAAUGCUAUUGAUAUUUUCAGGUAAUUAUAUUAUACUUUUUUUUCUUUUUAGUUUAUUGAAAUCUGAUUCUUUUAGUUUCCAAUUAAUGGUAGUUAAUUUCCAACAGUUUGGAAGUAAUACCCUUCUAGUACAUGUGGUUUAGGGUUAAAUUAAUUUAGGAGAUUCCUUUUAGUUUCUGAUUAAAAGAUUAAAAUUUUGUUAAUGCCCUUCUAGGAUAUUUGGCAAUUAAUGGAAGUUAAUUCCCAACAGUUUUGAUGGCUCCAAGGUGUUGUUCACAAAUUGUCAUAAUUAAUUAUCAAUGGAUCAAGAAUGAUCUUACUUUCUGCUAUAAUAAUAUUUCUUUUUAUUUCCACAAACAACAUCAUGUACUGUAUAUAUGUUUUUUUUUGAAAUUUGGUUAGUUUGUCCAUUUCCUAUUAUUUUUUGGUAUGAUGAAAUCAAAGGAAUGGAAUGGAAUGUUUGAUCGGAUUACCUUACUGCUGAAGUUAAGGUUGAAAUGUCUGCUCAAGUUGAUUCCCAAAAUAUUAAUCUUGAUGUUUAUGAUGACAAAGCAACGCCAAAGCAUCUGUAUAUAUGUCCCUGUUUCAGUUUUCCAUGUAGUGCGCAACUCAGGCCCUCAAUGCAACAUCUUAAACAACCCAAGAAACAGGUACUUCAAUCUCUCUUGGAUCUCUUUAAAACUCAUGCAACAUCUAGUAUAUUGACUGAUUUGACUCCAGGAUGUGAAAAAAUACUAGAAUCGUGCUCUGCAGUGAUUGAUUGUUCUACAUACAUCUUCAUUUGGGACUAUUCUUUCACCAACUUUUCUUCAUGUUGUUGAAGCUUUAAGUCUGCAAUUUGGAGUUCUAGAGAUUCCAGCUUCAACUGCAUGUAUCAAUAUCAAUAUUACUUUUACAAAAAUAAAAAAGAGAAAUUCCAUUCAAGUUGCUUUGCAUUAAUUAUAAGGAGUUUUCUGUUGAGUAUAUUGUUGGACAGUAAGAGCAUUGUGCUCCUCCUUUUGCUUCAAUUGGUUUCUUAACCUGAACAACAUUUGUGAUAAAACAAUAUGUUCAAUAAAUUUGG